AUGGUAUUUUUUGGUGAACACUAUAUUAUCACAGAUUUAAACCGGUAUUGUGAAACUAACGUAAAUGAAGCAGACAAUGAUACAAUGCGGGGUUACAGUGUGCCACUAUUUAGGCAAUGGCGUGACGUCACGAACUACAUUGGUGACCGUGAACAUCCGGGAAUAUGUGACUGGGAGAAGCAGAAAAAACAGCAAGUUUAUAAUCAGAUACCUGCGAUAGCUGCAGCACAAGGCAUACCUUCUCAAUUUUGGAAUGCUCUUACAUCAUUGUAUCAACAGAGAAAUAAUUCUUGUCAUAUAAAAGCAAAUAUAGCAGAUGCAUUGAGUAUUAAAGCAUAUGCAGCUCAAAUGAACAGCCACGAGAGAUAUAGUGUAGAAUAUUUAUCUGACUCAGUAAUUCGUGCACUCCAGACAAGCAGAAGAGCUUGGCGCUGA